CUUCAUUUCUUGUGGGUGUGAGCUGGGACGUUAUAGCAACGAGCUGCAAACGGAGUCCGAAUUUGAACAAACAGGAACCGAAUUGUUUAGUCGGCUAUGUUCUCGACAACGUUUGUUUUGCUUAUAUCUGUUUCGUUUUCUUAAAAUUUAUUUGUCUGUUAAAACGUCAAGUAAAGACCCAAAACGAGAAUUUAUGUUUCUGGCUCUCCGUUCCUGUUGGAUUUGACCUGCAUAGCUACUGAAGUCCUGAUCAGGAUUCGCGGUCUGUCAAUGAGGAACUACAGGCUGAUCUUUUGCCAUAACCUGAAGCAGCCAUAGAUGACCAUUCGAUUCACUGCUAGUGAGUGGUGCUGAAGAUAAGGUGAACUACUGGGUGUUUUAAGUGCUAAACGACCUUCGGAAGCAGCUCGGCUGUGGAAGCGAUGAGGAAGAGCCUCUCUCCUUCCCACAGCGACUCCCUGACACCAGCCAGGGUUUUUGGGGUUCCCCUAGAUGAGGUGCAGCAGAGUGGCCAGCCAGGCCAGGAGGUCCCACUGUUGGUCAGAAACAUCAUAGAGUACAUAGAAGAGCACGGUCGUCUGGAUCUGGAGGGUCUGUUCCUGGUCAACGGUAAUGCGGAGCGGGUGGAGUGGCUGCGCCAGCGUUUCGACUCCGGCGAGGAGGUGGACCUGGAGAAGGAGGCUGACCUGGCUUCAGCCGUCAGCCUGCUACGUCUCUUCCUGCAGGAGCUCCCCGAGCCCAUCAUCCCUGCAGGCAUGCAGGCCCACAUCCUGCAGCUCUACCAAGGGUGCUGCGUAUCAUCUUCAUCAUGUCCUCUAUCAGCUGACUGUCAUCUGGCCUUGUGUUGCCUAGACUAUGGCAGUGAAGAGGAGCUGGCCCGCAACAUGAAAUACUUCCUCCAGCAGCUGCCUCAGGUCAACUACAGCCUGCUGCGCUUCCUGUGCCGCUUCCUGUCCAGUGUGGCCUCGCUCCAAGAGGAUAGCUGGAGCAUCGGAGCCCUUGCCGCCGUCUUCGGACCUGACAUCUUCCAUUUAGAUACGGAUGUGGAGGACCUGAAAGAGCAGGAGUCAGUGAGCCGCAUUCUGGCGGAGCUGCUGGAGAAUCAGGAGGAGUUCUUUGACUCGGAGGACGAAGACGUUUCCACCACCAAUGAUUACAGCUCCAAUAAUGAACAGAUCACUGAACUCCUGGAUGAUGACAAAUUAGAGGCGUGUGAAGAGCUGCCCCAAGAUUGUGAAGGCAAGGAUGGUGUCCCUUCUUCCUCCAAAUCCCCCCAACCCAGUGACACCCAGGCCCAGGUUACGCCCUCUUCCAGUUCACACAUCUCCCCCAUCAGCAUUCUUCCAGGAUCUGCUGAGCUUAUAGAGAGGACCAUCCGCGCUGCAGUGGAACAGCACUUCUUUGACCUCAAAAGCUCCAUCGACCAGAUCAGCAGCUAUGACAACCAAGGGCCGGGACCCAGUGAGAGGCCGGUAACGGAGCUGAUGCCAUGCCAGGACCACCGAGAGGAGACUCUGUGUGAAGGGGAGGGCCAUGCCACCAGCCCCCUGGCAGCCAAAAACGCCCAGCAGCAUUCUGACAACCGGCCCAAAGCUCAACAGGAGGUCCAAGACUGUGACCAUGGCGCCGCCCUGGAGGAGAGUUCUGGAAUGGACCUUGAGGCCACCGAGGCUCUUGUAGACGCCGAAAACAAUAUCAACACUGCCAGGAAAGAAAACCAGUCAUGUGAGAAGAUGGACCAGGCUGGUCUCAUCACCUGUGAUGUGUGCCCGGGUGACCAGAACGCCAACACGGACUCCAGGGGUUACGCCUCGCCCCCUGCCAGCUGUCCCGGCACCAACAGCUCCCUCCACCUCAGCCAUGUCUUCCCUCACAGCCCCUGGGAAGCACCAUCCCCAAACAGCCUCCCCCUCAUUGACUUCACAUGUAUGCACCUGCAUGGGAGAGGCCAUGACCCCGUGCCAGCUUUCAAGUCGUGGCAGGACGAUAGUGACUCCGGCGAGGCUCAGCUGUCACCCCUGGCUGGACGCAUGGUGCCCCUCCCCCAUGAGGAGGACGCCCACCCCCUCAUGGCCCGUCGCUUCCUGGACUUUGGCCACAGCCAACGCUUCCUGCAGCUCACUGACCACGACGCAACUUCUCCCACCAAAGCCCACCAAUCCUUGGGGAGGCCUCGCCGUGCCUCCUUCAGUUCCAAAGAGAGCGGGGCGAGAAAUGAGUCCGUCUCCCACCAGCUCACCAAAAAACUACAGAACCUCAAGAAGAAAAUCAAACAAUUUGAGGAACAGUUUGAAAAAGACAGGAACUACAAGCCGUCUCAUGGAGACAGGGCAGCUAACCCAAAGGUCCUCAAGUGGAUGACAGACCUCACCAAAAUCCGCAAACAGUUAAAAGGAAGACAGCAUCUCUUUCCCAAAGGGUCCCUGAGGCACCAGGCGGUGCUUCAGUCAUACAGACGCCAACACCCCUCCUCCUCCGCCCCGAACACACCCCAUUUUACACUUGCACGCCCCCUCACUGCCUCUAGACAGGCACCCUACCUAUACGCCAAACACAAAGAGGCCGAGCUGACCCCUCAGAUGAGGCCACGCAGCAACACCCUGCCCAAGAGCUUUGGUUCCACCCUGGACCAAGCGGGUCACAAGGUUGUUGGAGAGGCAAAAGGUCACGGGCCCACCAGAGAGGAGACACUGGACCUCAUCCAGCGCCGCAUCAAGGAGAAGAGGGAGGAAGACAACUGGCCAGAAGACAUCAAGAAAAUGACCAAGGAGCAGCUGUCCUGUGAGAAGACGGUGCUCCAGAAGAACCUCCUCCACUACGAGGGCCUACAUGGCCGACCUGUGACCAGGGAGGAGAGGCUUGGGGUCAAGCCACUGUACGACCGCUACCGCCUGGUCAAACAGAUGCUCACUCGUGUCAGCAUCACCCCUAUCAUCGCCUCCCCUUCCAGCAAGAGACGCACCCAGACACUGCAGCCCAUCAUCGAGGGAGAGACGGCCCACUUCUGUGACGAGAUCAAGGAGGAGGAGGAGGAGGAGGAGGAAGAGGUUGGAGCGGAGGUAGAAGCUGGAGCCGAGGAGGAAGAGGAGGAAAGCCACUUGGAGGUGCAGAGCAUGACGUCAGGGAUGAUCAUGGCCGGGGACCAGCCUCAGCCCAGCUCCCAGAGAGACUGUGAUGGCCUUCUCAAACCCUGUAUGGAGGAGACCUCUGGGAAACUGGCUCUGGACCUACGUCUGUCCAGCUCCAAUGCCUCAUCCAUGCCGGAGCUCCUGGAGCAGCUGUGGAAGGCCCGGACUGACAAGAAGAACUUAAGGAAGACCAUUCGUGAGUUUGAGGAUGAUUUCUACCAGCGAAAUGGCAGGAGCGUCCAAAAGGAGGACAGACUCCCCAUGAUGGAGGAGUACAAAGAAUACAAACGGAUCAAAGCUAAACUCCGUCUGCUGGAGGUGCUGAUCAGCAAGCAGGAUUCCUCUAAGUCCAUCUAGAGGGAAGUGAGGCCUCCUUGAUCAACCUGACACUGACGCGAAGGAAAAUCCUCCCUUCAUCAAGCCGAGCCAGCAGGUCUCUCCUCGCAGCCACUCCCAUAGACCCCUGCUGUCUCCUGUCCCUAGUCCAUCACACAUGGCCCCUUAAUGAGGACUCAUCUUCAUCCCACCAGUCAAGACUUUACUGCUGUCCGUUUUUGUUCAGAGGAAUUUCCCCAUCCUCUUUACAGUUUAGAUUGUGUAGUUUUAAACAUUGUGUUUUUCAUUGACUUCUCAUGUUCGGUAGCUUCUCAUACUGAGAAAUCAUAUUGGAGAGGACCGGCGCUUGUGUUUUUUACUGUGUUAAGUCACCAGGCCAUGAACCGAACUGUCCCUCCCUUAGAGCAAGGAGACUGUUUAUCCUAGUUCAGACAUUCAGACUCACAAGAAUUCAGUUUAACCAGCUCAGUCUUCAUCCUUCAAAACUGGGAUGGUUUUGUGUUGUCUGGGUGCAAUUCCUUUGAAAGAUGUCAUUGUGUAUGUGUUCUUGUAAAUCAAUAUGUACACAUGUUUGUAUGUUCCAGUAUGUAUUUGUUCUUGAAUGAAGAGUAGUUCAGUGGGUUUGAAAACAAGCCUGACAUAUUAGUAUGCUUGCUAAUCCCAAUUGUUUUAUUAUUACACAACUGUAACUAUUGAAGCGGAGCAGGUUUCAUCAGUUGGGACUGGUUUGGCUCUUGAGAUAUUUGACUGUGGAUUAUCAGUCAUCACUGUGGGACACCAGAUGGAGGCACGGCCAGGUAGGUUCAUCACUUAGUGUUCCUGUACCAAGGUACUCUUCAUUUCCUGGCUAUAAGCCUGGGCAACUUGCUUUUAGCGUAUAAAAAAUAUACAUGUCUUUCUUUUUUUUUUUGUACCAAGAUGUGAUGGGCAGUUCCUUGCCCUGUUAAGACGCUUCUGGAUGGGAAGCUAGUGUUCUGUCUUGCAGUGAGUUUCCACCACCUCAGUCCCCCAUUGUCCAGUUGUACAGCCAGGUGUGCUGGCCAACAUCCUACUGUUGCAGCCUGUUUUAAGCCCCCGUUUGUUUGUGUGGAUGGGCAGUGAUCGGGGGGGUGGGUCAAGCUUUCACAAGGAUUGCUAAAAAUGAUUUGGCUGUUCCAGGUUAAGAUGACAAACAGCCCCAAUGUCCUAACCCCUGUUAGUCUCUGGGGAGUGUGAAGAUUGUCAAACAGUUCUCCUGCACCCCAUAUCAGCUUGAGGUAAACUAGGCAACCUCUGUUAAGAUUUCACUUACUACGCAGAACAGUCUCAGAUGGGUGUGGAAUGACUGCCAACAUCUAGCUACUGCAUGUUUCUGCAUUGAAGUCCAAUGGCACUUCGGUCAGCUGUUACUGGACCACUGCAGAAGACCUGGAUUUGUUCAACUAAGAGGCCCAAAAAUGUCAGGCUAGUGCUAUUCAUGUUGGUUUCUGGUGCUGCAUUGGGUGUUGGUCAUUGGAGUUUAUUUUUCACUUUGGGAUAUGUCCCAUAGUGAGCCGUAGGGUUUGGUUAGGCAAUGUAGAGCCAGGUCAUCGCUGGAACCUGGGGAGUUGUCUGACUACAGGGCUCUGAAAAGGCUUUGCUACAACCUCUCACAAACAAGUCGUCCCUUGACAUAACUUAUCUAUCUCUAGAGCCCAAAGCCUCUUAUGGGCUUCAUUCUGAAGGUUAUAUGAAACCGGGUCAAAGUGAUGCAUGUUGGGAAUGACACUGGUUUAUGGGUUGGUUGGCGUAGUCGGCUUGAAGUGCUGCCUGCCAGUCCUUUGAGAUCAUCAACCCUGACCUUCCAACCCCUAGCUAUUCUAGUUAUCCAGAAUUGGUUUGGAAUGACUGGACACCGCCCAGUGCGACUGACAUCAAGGCCAGCAUCGGUUUCAGGAGGUGGAAUAACGGAAUAAAUUGUUAGUCAACCGAACACCCCCAGAAUCUAGGGGAUCUAGUCUUGCCUGAAGGACAUUAGCACUGAACUAAGAAUGUGGCUUUUUGCCCUUCACUGGGACAAAACAGUAAUGAAACCUUUCCUUUAGUUGGCAGGGUGUGGUUUAUGUAUGAUGGACAGCGUGGGGGAAGUUCUAGAAGUUAUUUGCACAGCAUUCUGAGAAUGCAGCUAUUGUUUUGUCUAUCAACUUGUUACUUUUUUUCUUUCUUUUUUUAAAGCACUACUUAAACUGAAGGUUGAAUGUCAGGAUGUUAAAUUAUUUCAAACAAUAUAUUUCACUUUGUGAUGUUCAAACCUGAGUGUGUUCUUUUUUUUUAUGACCAUUAUUUUGUAUAAUAUUGUUUUGUAACCCCUUCCCAAUACACCUUCAAAGUGUAGUGCCUCUGUAUUGGCUAACAAUCUGUUAUGUUUUGGUUUUGUAUAAGAUAGACUCAGUAGUAGGCUUGCAUGGCAAAUAUUUGUAUUGUUUAUAUUUUUGUGCCAUGAAGAUGAAGCAAUAAAUUAGCAUUGGCCUGUAUAAAUGGAAUGGGGGUGUUGUUAACCCAAUGUGUGCAUUUUAAUGAGUAAAUGGCUGAUUAAUGUUUAAUCUACUCAUGGGACUUGGUCUUCUGUUUUCUACAUUGCAGGCCAAUCCAUGAAAAUGUCACUUAUAACUGCUUUGAGAGUUCCACCGUGACUGGAUCUGCUAAAUAAGCAUUUUUACCACUUGAGUUGUCAGCAUAAUGGUGUUUAGAGGCUUUAACCAAAUGAAAAGAGAAGAUCUGUGUGGAAAGAAAAGUGGGGGUAUAUUUGGACUGAACAUUCCAAUUUAUAUAAUUUAUAAAGGAAGAUGGUUUUAUUGGUUGAUGUGUUAUUUUCUGUCAGGGCUUAUUGUUUUUACAUAGUGCCUGCAACACUUAGUAAAAAAUGUGAAGCCCACAGGUUGAGGAUGUAUAAACUGACCCUGUUGAUAGUCCCAUCCUAGCAUGUUUGUUUUUGUGCUUCGAGGGACGGUGGUAGUUUGCAUCAACAACUAGAUGGUCAGCCACCGGCUCCCAGAGCCUCCCUAUCUAUAUGUGGAGCUGUGUAUUACAUUCAUAUAUCUAGAAAUGUUUUUGUGAAUGCUUGUUUUCCUUCAUUUAAAAAUGAUAGAGUACAAUCAGUAAUAACGUACAUUCAGACAAAAAUAAAGAUUGUAAUUUACAUGCCUUCUUG